CAGCGAACGGCGGCUAAUUCGAGUGUUCAUAACGACAAAAAAAAACGAUCUAUGACUUGACAUUGUCAUACACACGUUUUCAAUACAUUUUAACAACUCGUAAAUAAUGGAUGAUACAGCUGAGAGGGUGCCUGAAAUUCGGAGAAUUUUGGGGGAGAUACCAAGCCCACAAAACCUGUUUGCAAGCUUCAUGAAACAGGAAGAGAGAGAAGAUGACAAUGAAGUGCAGAACCUGAAGCUCAAAUGCAGCAAAGAUGAGAAUGAAUUCACCAAGCUGAAGCAAGCACUGAUCGAGGCUGAAACCAGGUCUAAGAUGAUUGAGUUUCUCUUCAACAAACCUCUUGAAGAAUGGCCAACCAUGGACACAGCAAACAGCAAGGAGAAUUUUGACCAAGUGAAGGAGGAUCUGCGGAAUGCAAAGCAAGAAGUAGAAGAUCUGGAAGAAAAGCUGACUGAUAUGAUUGAGAGUGCACAAGAAAAGUUGGAGACAAGGAACAGAAAAAAGAAGAAGCUGACAACAUGCUGAGCACAGUGGAAGCAAAGAAAGCCAAGCUAGAGUCAUUGAAAGCCACACGUGAGCAAGCCUUGAACGGACUUGAUGGUGUCAAGAUGGAAGGCAUGGAUCUACCUGUCAAGCUUCAGGAACAGAGAGAGGCAUUGCGGACCACUGAGCUGGCUCUCCAGAGGUGUUACCUGCUACUGACGGAACACAAGAGGGCGGUCUCCAGGCUGCAGGAAAAAUGUUGCAUGGCAAGGGCUAUUCAAAAGACAUGCCAGCAAACGGUGGAUACUUUGCAACAGCAGAAAGCUGAACAGGACAGAGGAACUAACGAGAGUCGGGAAUGGUUGCAGAAGUCUCUUCAAGCACUCAAACACAUAACAGGGGUCAGGAAUAUCAGAGUUCAAGACCAAACAGUCACCCUUGACCUUAGCUGCAAUGGGUCAACCUCAGAGGUCAUGGCAGAGAUCAAGAUGACCUUCAAGUGCUCAGCUGAUGGAAAUGGAGAGAGCAAACUAAUUGCUGCUCAGCUUGGUCAAGAACUCUUAGACUGCAAUGAUGUUAUCUCUGAAGCCAUUAGCUUGAAUGAUCCAGUCCUUUUGGUUGGAGAAAUCAAACGCAGACUUAACAGCCACGCACCAGUUCUACAAGAAGUUGAGAGUUUGAGACAUCAAUAUGCUAUUGACUACGUACACGAGGAAAGGAAGCUGCAUGCCAUGCUAGGUAGUAGCGGUCAGGUCGUUUGUACGCUGACCAUUGAUAGUGGCUAUCCAACAAGCGGGAAGGCAACGCUCACUAAGAUAGAAGGAAAUGGACAUGACAAAGAUCUAGGGCAUUAUAAGCCACCCAUGGAGAAUCCAACGAUGAGUGAUUGGUUGAUGCAUCUUCAAACUCAGCUCUGAAACGCUCUGCUCAAUCAGCUCUCCACUUCAU